CUCGGAAACCCAUUUUUUGUCUUCUCGACCCUCAACUCCCACCACCAACAGUCAAAAUGGUCAACCCUGCUUCCACCUGCUGCAAGACCUCCGGCGACGGUAGCUGCGUCUGCGCCGCUCAGGCCAAGUGCUCCUGCGGCAAGGAGAACGCCCUCCACUGCACCUGCAACAAGGCCUCGUCCGAGAACACCGUCUCUGGGCCUCGCUGCUCUUGCAGAGCCCGCCCUGCCGGCCAAUGCACCUGUGAGCGUGCUCCCAGCGAGAACACCCCCGUUUCGGGCGAUGCUUGCCCCUGUGGACAGAGAUCUUCCACUUCUUGCACCUGUGAAAAGGCCGCUGCUGUGGACGCUGCCGCUGAGAGCAACGAGAUUGACUUCACCACCCGCGCUUGAUCUUUUGACCCUCUGAUUGAGUCAAUCUUUCAAGUUUGCCUUUUUCUUCCUUCGGUGGGCUUUUCUUUUUUUCAUCAUAGCAUGGCACGGUUCGGGGAUCUGGAGUUUUC